CAUCCAGGAUGAGACAGACGACUCGGCCAGCUGUGCGUCCAUGGGGGACCAUUCAAUAGGUGGCCUGAUUGAUUUUAAAAAGCAGCACCCUUCCUCAGAAAACAUCACCCAGCAGGAGAGCUCAGACUCCCCUGUACCACGCAGCUCCAAGCAGAGUGACCAAUCAAUAGGAGCCCUGAUUGAUUUUAAAGGCAGACGUGAUUCUCUGGAGAAGAGCAUCAAGGAUGAGAGACACGACUCGGCCUGCUGUGCGUCAAUGGGCGGCCUGAUUGAUUUUAAAGAUCAACAACAUGCAUUUGAAAAUGGAGUCCACCAGGAGGGAUUGGAGGCUACCAGUAGUGAGCCUGUCCAGAAGCAUCAAACAGAUCUGGAGGACAUAUUUAUGCUGCUUGAAGAGACCAUGAUCCCGUUUGUGAAGGAAGAGCUGAAACUCUUUCAAAGAGUCCUCUGUCCAGAUUCCGAAGGUGAGACGCAGAAGGAAGACAUGGUGGACAGUGAGGAGGAAGAGCAGAGGAAGAGCAACAGAGAGGCCCUUCUGAAGCUCACGCUGCACUUCCUGAGGAGAAUCAAGCAGGAGGAGCUGGCCGACUCUCUGCAGAGCAAAGCAGUUGGUCCUAUAUGCCAGCAAAAAAUCAAAAGAAACCUAAUAGGGAUAUUCCAGCGUUUUUUUGAGGGAAUUGCUAAAGCAGGAAACCCCACACUGCUGAAUGACAUUUACACAGAGCUCUUCAUCGCAGAGGGGGGGAGUGGGGAGGUCAAUGAGGAACAUGAGAUCACACAGAUCGAGACAACAUCCAAGAAACCAUCAAGACCAGAAACUAUGAUCAAAUGUGAAGACAUCUUCCAACCAUUGCCUGGCAGAGAUCAUCAACCGAUCAGAACAGUGCUGACAAAGGGAGUGGCUGGCAUAGGGAAAACAGUCCUAACACAUAAGUUCACUCUGGACUGGGCCGAAGACAAAGCCAACCAGGACAUCCAGUUCACAUUUCCAUUCACCUUCAGAGAGCUCAAUGUGCUGAAAGGGAAAAAGUACAGCUUGGUGGAACUUAUUCAUCACUUCUUUACUGAGACCAAAGAAGCAGGAAUCUGUAACUUUGACAAGUUCCGGGUUGUUUUCAUCUUUGACGGUCUGGAUGAGUGCCGACUUCCUCUGGACUUCCACAACAACGAGAUCCUGACUGAUGCUACAGAGUCUGCCCCAGUGGAUGUGGUUCUGACAAACCUCAUCACGGGAAAACUGCUUCCAACGGCUCGCCUCUGGAUAACCACACGACCUGCAGCAGCCAAUCAGAUCCCUCCUGAGAGCAUUGACGUGGUGACGGAGGUCCGAGGGUUCACCGACCCACAAAAGGAAGAGUACUUCAGGAAGAGACUGGGAGAGGAGGAGCAGGCUGGCAGAAUCACCUCCCACAUCAAGACAUCACGAAGCCUC